AUGCGUACUAUGAACUAUUUGUUGGUGGCCCUCAGCCGAGAAGACCCAAGCAGCUGGGCGAAAUACGUUUCGGGACUGAUGCUCGCAUAUAAUGCUAGCGCGAACGAGGCCACAGGCAGUAGCCCGUUCGAGAUGAACACCGAGGCUGCCGCAGGAGUUGACAACAAUGACCAAGGCUGUGGGACCGGAUGUUAA